GGCAUUGACACAUUAGUUUAUCAUUCACGCAUCCGGUCUGUGGUGAUAUACGGUGACGAUGUAGGCAAUCCAAAACCUUCUGAUCUCCUCCAUGGCAGUGCUCCCUUUCCCGUCUUCUCCUCAUCCGCUCCUCCACCUCUCAAACCCUAAGCCUAGAUCUCCCUCCCUGUGGCGCCGGAGCCCGAUCGUCGCUUCCCUUAACCAAAUACCCCCUUCUUCCUCCUCCACCGCCUUCCCUCGCGUGUCCGGCCGCCACACCACCCGGGCGUCGUCACCCUCUCCAUUCCCCUCCCUCGUGGAGACCCUUAGACGGCACUUUGCUUUGCUGGUCCACCUGGCCGCCUCCGCCGUCUUCCUCGUUGGCUUUGGCGCCCGCGCCUGUGCCCUCGGUUCUGCUCCAAUUCUCCCCCCCACCGCCACCACUGCCUCCGGGAGUCAUGCAGUGGAGAGCUCUGAUAAAACUGCUGAAAGAAUGGAGGAUGAGGAGUUAAGGGCCGCGCUUGAGAGUUGGAAGUCAAAGACAUAUGCUCUUACUGUCCCUCUAAGGAUUGUUGCCCUUCGUGGCUCCAUACCACCCUCAUGGAUCAAGGAGUUCAUUCAAGCACAAGGAAGAAGGUUGAAAUUAAUCACAGAGUUCCGAGGAAGUCUUGAGUCCAUUUUCUCUGACUUGUCCUCGUCUUUGGAGAAAGGAUCUCUGCAGCCUAAGUCUGCCAUGGCAGCUGAUAUAGUUUCUGUUGGUGACUCUUGGCUCAGCCAUGCCAUUAGUGGAGGUUUGAUAGAACCCAUGAAAGAUGUAGAUCGAGAACAUUGGUUUAACAUUUUAGGCAACAAAUGGAAGGUAUAUCUAUGCAGGAACAAUAAGGGAGACUUAGAUUCUAAUGGCUAUGUAUGGGGUGUUCCUUAUCGUUGGGGAACCAUGGUUAUAGCAUACAAGAAGAACAAAUUCAGAAAGCACAAUCUGAGGCCAAUUGAGGACUGGGGGGAUUUAUGGAGGCCUGAACUUGCUGGAAAGAUUUCAAUGGUUGAUUCUCCUAGAGAGGUUGUUGGUGCAGUCUUGAAACAUAUGGGGGCAUCAUACAAUACAAAGGAUAUUGAAUCACAGGUUAUUGGUGGGAGAGAAGCUGUCCUGCAUAAUCUGACAAUGCUUCAAAGGCAGGUGAGACUAUUUGACAGUGUGCACUACCUAAAGGCAUUUGGGGCAGGAGAAGUGUGGGUUGCUGUAGGAUGGAGUAGUGAUGUUAUUCCUUCUGCCAAGCGCCUGUCCAAUGUUGCAGUGGUUGUUCCCAAGUCUGGGACAAGUUUAUGGGCCGACUUAUGGGCAAUACCCUAUGCGACGAGAUUUGCAACAGAUCAAAUUGGUGGCAGAGUGAGAAGUCCGUCUCCGCUAGUCAAUCAGUGGCUAGAGUUCUGCUUACAGACUGCAAGAGGACUGCCUUUUCAGCAGGAAGUUGUCCCAGGAGCAUCUCCCUUCACUCUUGAUCAUCCUCCACUUGAAGGAUCUCAAGAACCUGGAAAGAGAAGGCCAAAACUCGAUACAAACCUCAUCGAAGGAAUACCUCCACUUGAUAUAUUAGCCAAAUGUGAAUUUUUAGAGCCAUUAUCGGAGAAGGCACUGGAAGACCACCAGUGGUUGAUAUCUAAUAUGCAGAAACAGGGUGCUGAUUGGAUCAGAAGUAUGCUUUAUCAUGUCAGAUCAAUCUUUAAUCCACAAGCUAGGUGUUGACAACUCUGCAGGGAUUUUAGGCUGUUAAUGCUUAGAUUUUCCAUUAUGUGGAAAUAUUAGUGCAUAAAAAUAGAAUUCAACUACUUUGCCAUUUUAAAAAUCUUUUUCUGUUUAACAUUGUUGGACAAAUUUAUGUGUCUAAGUACGGUUUUGGGCCAUUUACUGCU